AUGCUCAGAGUGGACCUGCGAGCCCUCACCCAGCCCGUGGGCGUCAUGCGACUGAUGGAGACCGUCGUGACUUUAAUGUGCGUGGUCCUGGUGGCGACGGUGGGACACGUCGCAUCCUCCUACUGGGCAUGGUGCAUGUUCACCUGGUGCUUCUGCUUCUUCUUCACGCUCCUCAUUCUCGUCCUGGAGUUCACCACCGUCAGCGACAAGCUGCCGUUCGCCUGGGAGGACUUUACCACCGCCUUCGCCAUGCUGGCGAGCCUGAUGUGCCUGUCUGCCUCCAUCAUCUACCCCAGCUUCUUCACCUGCGCCACCUGCUCCCGGCAGAUCGGCGCCUCCGUGGUUUCCUGGGUGUGUUUCGGCCUCUACGUCGGAGAGGUGGUCUUCACGCGCCUUCGUCCCAGAGGGGAAAUCAUCGGCUUCCUCUCCACGCUGCCGGGCAUACUGAAGAUGCUGGAGACCUUCCUGGCAUGCCUCAUAUUCAUAUCCCUGGAGACUGGCCAGUACUCGGGAUCUCCAGAGACGCAGUGGUGCGUGGCCGUGUACUCCUUGUGUUUCAUCUUUGCCAUCAUCAUAAUCCUGGUGACGCUCGGACAGCUGACCUCCGGCCUUCCGUUCCCCUUCGAGAGGGUCGUCAUCGUCUAUAACAUUCUAUCCGCAGUGAUGUAUGCCACAGCCAUGGUGAUUUGGCCGCUGUACAGUUUUCAGAAGAGAAUACCUGCUGGGUGUGUCGAUAUUUGCCACGACAAACUGGUGAUGGUCACUGUCAUGACCGUGUUCAACUUUCUCGUGUACGCCGUGGACUCCGGCUACUCGAUUUAUCUCGUGUUCUUCAAGCACACCUUUUGA